CCUUAGUUUUCUGAGCUCUAACUGCAGGAGCGUUCCUUCACGGAGAGAGAGGUUUACCCUCCACAGAACUUUGGUUCUGAUCGGGUCGGUUUCCUCCAGAACCCGAGGACGGACUGGGAGACUCGGAACCUGAAGGAAAACACCGCAGCUCUGCCAGUCAUUGGACUGUUUCGUUUUUGAACGGACCAUUCAGCAGCAGGCAGUCCGGCGGUGUUUCUGGUCCGGGUGGAAACAUCAGUGGUGUGUUUUAAUCAGAUGUGAGUAGCAGCAAAGGCAGAUGGUUCAGUGCUGAUGAGGUAAGGAAGCAGCAGGGAACCGUCGGUCAUGUUGGGAGUGAGGUGCAUCCUACUGUGUCUCCAUCGGACAGCCCAGUACCGGUAUCCGAUUGGACUUGAGCGGGUUCUGACCCGCUCCCUGUCCCGAACUCCGGACUCGUGCCGGGCCGCGCUGAAGCUGCGGACCCGGUUGGGGGUGACGCUGCUGGUAGGGGCGGGGUUGGUAGGCGCGUGGUGGUGGGUGGAGCGGGAGAAGCAACAACGGCGGCGGCGGCAGCGGGUGGAGCAGCUCCACGCGGUGGCUCUGGGCCAGGGGACGUUCAGCCUGUUGGACCAUACGGGCCACCGCCGGACCAAGCAGGACUUCCUGGGCCGCUGGGUCCUCCUGUACUUUGGCUUCACACACUGCCCCGACAUCUGCCCCGACGAGCUGGACAAGCUGAGCGCCGUGGUGUCAGCGCUGGACCGGGACCCGGCCCUGCCGCGCCUGCAGCCGCUCUUCAUCACUGUAGACCCGGAGCGGGACGACGUGGCGGCGCUGGCCCGCUACGUCCGGGACUUCCACCCGCGGCUGGUCGGGCUAACCGGCACGCCGGAAGAGGUCCAGCACGCGGGGCGGGACUUCCGGGUGUACGCCAGCGCGGGGCCGAAGGAUGAGGACGGAGACUACAUGGUGGACCACAGCGUGCUGCUGUACCUGGUUAGUCCGGACGGACUCUUUCUGGACUACUACAACCGAACCAAGAGCCCGGAGCAGAUCGCCGACAGCAUCCGGAACCACAUCCGGAACCACGUCCCGCUGUAGGAGCGUCUCCAUGGAAACCAGCGGCUUCUCAGCAGGAACAUAAAUGAUCAUAUUUAUUUGAGCAUCAGGUUCAAUAAAACAACUUUCUGCCAAAAGUGUGAA